AUGGCUGGUUUUAGCCAAGGCCAUCAACGUGCUCUCCUCCCUGCCGCCGAACUUCCGCUUGCCCCUACACCCCGUAUCGUCCUCCCGCGUUACCCCAGGGCUGGUGUCACGACUGCCUGUGAAACUUGUCGAAAGCGAAAGACCAGGUGCAGUGGGAAUCGACCGAGGUGUAAAGGCUGCAUCCGCGCUGGUUCAGACUGCAGCUAUGCGCCUAUGGAUAAAGAUCACGAGUUACGACAACGUUAUGAGCAUCUGCAAACUGAAAAGGUGGAAUAUAAAAGACUUGUCGACUUGCUACGAUUACGAGACCACAAAGAAGCGAAUGCCAUUCUUGAUAUGCUACGCCAAAACACGAGCGUGCACGAGGUUCUCCGUCAAGCUGAGCACGGCGAUAUGUUAUGCGAACUGUUCCUUGUGUCCGAAGAUAGACACCUUGUGACUGACCUAACCUCAGAGUAUGUAAUAGCUCGAGCUGGUUGCGAACCGUCGAAAGACCUCGCUCGCUGUCAGCUGAUAGUCACUGAGCCGGCUUCUCAAAUUCCCUUCCCAUACUUGACCUUUGGCCAUCUACCUGGGACCCAUCUUACUGCGGCAUUGCCUUGUCUCAGCUUCACCGCAUGA